UUCCAUAGUUGGUUCGCUUGUGUUUGUUGUCGAUGCGAUAGUUUAAUUUGUACAUUUCAUUUUAAAUAAUGAAAUGACAUAUGCUUUGAUUUAAGUGUAAACCUGAAUUCAGCAUGUCUUGUAAUUAUGCUGAGGGCUUAUCACCCUAUGAACACAAAGGUGUCCUAGGAAUUCCCGAGAAAUUUGACUCUGUCGCUACAUUCAAUAAGAAAUGUGAUCUAUUGGCACAGCUCAUAAAUCAAAGUAAGCAUGUGGUUGUUCAUACUGGCGCUGGGAUCAGCACUUCAGCUGGUAUACCGGACUUCAGAGGGCCAAAUGGUGUAUGGACUCUAGAGAAAAAAGGCAAAAAGCCCUCUAUCAAUGUUUCUUUUGCUGAUGCAAAGCCUACAAAAACCCAUCUCAUACUAAAAAAACUUGUAGAGUGUGAUAAAGUGCAUUAUAUAGUGAGUCAAAACAUAGAUGGCUUGCAUUUGAAGUCAGGGCUGUCACGGGAUUACCUCUCUGAGCUGCAUGGGAACAUGUUUGUUGAUGAAUGCAACUUAUGCAAAAGGCAAUUUGUCCGGAGCGCUCCAGUGGAGACAGUGGGCAAGAAGUGCAGUGGCGUGCCGUGCGCUGCGGCGCACGUAUAUGGCAGGCCCUGCCGCGGGCGACUCUAUGAUGGUGUCUUGGACUGGGAGCACAGUUUGCCGGAGAAUGAUCUGCUCAUGGCGGAGUGGCACUCUAGUAUUGCAGACCUCAGUAUAUGCCUAGGAACGACUCUACAAAUCAUUCCAAGUGGAAACUUACCCUUAGAAACAGUUAAAUAUGGAGGGAAACUAGUCAUCUGCAACUUACAACCCACAAAACAUGACAACAAAGCUGAUCUUGUAAUAAAUUAUUAUGUCGACGAUGUUUUAGAGAAAGUUAUGAACAUCCUGCGAAUAGACAUACCAACAUAUUCGGAGGAUGAGAAUCCUAUGAAAAAGGCAGAAUCUACAGUAGUUGAAUGGACCAUAGAUAGAUAUAGUGUUCUAACUUUAGAGAAAAUGUUCAAAGCGAAGUGUAAAGGUGUUAAAAAGAAACGGGUACUUAUAAAGAAACGUAAUAGUGAUAUGGGUAUCAGUGGAACAAACUGUGAUGAUAAAGCCAAAAUAAUAAAAUUAGAAGUAAAAGAAGAAAUUGAUGACAAUAAGACAGAAAAUGGACAUCUAAAUAUUGUAAACGAAAAUGGACAGCAAGUUAUAGUUAAAAAUGAACAAAAUGAUGUAGACAUUGUAGGAAAUGGCCAAAAAAGUACAUUUGAAAAUGAACAAAAUGAUGUGGAUAUUGUUAUUGAAAAUGGACAGCAAAUCAAGAUAGAAAAAGAACAAAAUGAUGUCAAUAUGGAAAAUAAAAUUGGACAAAACCAUACUGUUGAAAAUAAGCAAAAUGAUGUAAACGAAAAUGGACAAAAUAUUGUCAUUGAAAAUGAGCACAAUGAUGUGGAUGUUGCAAAUGAAAAUGGACAACAAAUUACAGUUGAAAAUGAAAAUGGAUAACAACUUUUAAUAGUUUACAAUGAAAAUGAAUGUUGUAGUUGUAAAUAUUUUAAGUAAAUGGAACAGGUACGACUGUAAUAUUCCCUAGAAUAUGAUAAAUCUUGGCCUGUACAAUUCCUGUCGCAUUUAUUAUGUACUAAAUAGACUUCUCGCAAGAAAUGAUUGUCCCUACGACACGCGACAGUUCCUGCUCUUUUGGUUGGGCUUAAUUUAAAAAAUAAUUCAAAAUAUGUUUUACCGUAUUUUUAUUGUCUACUAAUAUUUUACGUGACAGCUACAUAAAGAAAUACAUCAAAACUUGAACUGUGAUAGGAAUCAUAAUUCGAUGCGAGAGGUAUAACAAUAACAUCUUGCCAUGGUGGACCUCGUCUACCACGAGUUGGCAUUUAACACUUACGUUAGCGACUGCAUGAACUCGAUCUCACUCCCUCUAUGGCACCAAUACGUCGGUACGAGCGAGAUGGGAAGCGAUCGAGUUUACGUAGUCGGUAACGUAAUCGUCAAAUGUCAACUCGUGGUGAGGCUAUUUAUGUCUGGUUUGGAAUAUGGUUUAUGAAAUGUCUGUUCAGUUGGUAUAGAAUGUUGUUUUAUGCUAUUCAUUUGAAUAUCAAGCUCUAGUAGUAGCUUCAAUCAAUACAUGUAUAGUUUGUGCCAUCCACGAAGACGCGCCCCACUCUUCUUCCUAUAUCGAUUCUCGCUUUUUAGGGUUUCGUAGUCACCAAGAAACCCUUAUAGUUUCGCCGUGUCCGGCUGUCCAUCCUUCGGCGGCUUUGCUCCCUGAUCGUUAGUGCUAGAAAGCAAUUUGGCAGGGAUGCAUGAAUCAUGCAUGGCGAUCGACCGGUAAAAUAAAAAGUUUAAAAAUAAAAUUACCUCCUAAGGUACCUCCCAUACAAAAUGUAAAAAAAAACCGCUUUAACCUAAUGGUGUGGGGUAUCGUUGGAUUGGUCUUUUAAAACGAAUAGGGUCUCUAAAAUAUUUUUUUUGAUAAAAUCAAUAUUUUCGGAAAUAAUCGCUCCGAAAGAAAAAAAUAUAUAUGCCUUUUAAACGCCAGACGGCGAAGGAAUAUGCCGUGCUCCGGUCGCUCGGCGUUCGCGAGCAAGACUUACCGAUGACGGCCACAGCCAACUGAGGCGGUCAAAAGUUAAUGUGUGUAGACAGAACUAGGUACUACACAUUCAGCCACGGUCUGGUUGAAGGCUUGGUUGCAUGUUACAUGACAAGGAUUUGUAGUACAUUAAGUUAGUAACAAUGUAAUAAUACUAGUUUUACUCAUAAUUACUAGAAAAUGACUGAAACUUUUUGUCAACCACAUAAAAUCAGUGGUAGACCUAAUACAAUUAUGUUAUCGUAAACGAAUUAAUGUAUAACCGUUAAACUUAAUACAGGAACAAUUUAAAAGAAACAACAUUUAAUAUUAAAUAAUUUUAAUUAUAACAAAACUCUUUGGUGUCAUUUGGAAUGUCUAAGUCAUAAAUUAUAAGGUACAAAAGUAGAAAAGGUUUUAUAAAAUAAUACAUAAGUUCUUAAUCUGAUUAUUUUUCGUUAGACGGUCUUCAAAGUAAUUCUAACGUGCCUUACGUGCCCAAGCUUGCACCGCAGUGUGCGUAGCUAAAGGACGUUCCAUACGUU